UUCCCGGCCUCUCAGCAGCCAAAACUAAUCAAGUAUUUGUUGGUGAUUUGAUUGUUGAGGUUAAUGGAAUGUCUUUGGAGGGAAAAACGCAUGAGGGUUGUCCAGCUUCUAAAAGAUUCUACUGGUCCACACGUUACGUUAACUCUAAAACGUGACAGUUCCGCUUCUCCUCUUUUGCGUAACACUGCAGAAACUUCUCCUGUUUCUGACCAUGUUACUGUUUUUAAGAGCGCUUUAAAAACCCCAAUGUUAUACCAACAAUCUCCAAAACUCGAAGAAAAAACAAUAAUUAUAGAAGAGCCACAAAACAAUUUAGUUUUUGAAAGUGAAGAUGAUGUUGUUGGAAAUGGAGGAGAAAAAUGGAAAACGAUUUGUAAAAUACCUUUACCUCUAGCUUUUGUUAGUAGGUAUUUAUGGGCAACUGAUAAGCUUAGAAGCAACGCCUUUGAAGUCCGUUCAGUAGAUGGCCGUUCUUCAGGCAUUAUUCAUUGUGAAGAUCGCAAAGCUCUUGAACAAUGGGUUCAACAUAUUGACUCUCAUAUAAAUGCUUUAAAUCGGAAAACUAUUAGAAUGAGUAAUAAAUAUUUACAUGCAUCUGAUAGGAUCGCCUUUAUCGGCUGGCUUGAAGAGCGUAGACGUCCAACAGAUACAUUCUCCCCAAACAACGCAAAUAAUAAUUAUUACAAUAAUUUUCCUGUAUCCACAGACCCCAGACAACAAUGGGCACAACGCUUUUUGAUUUUUAAAGGAGCUGAUGUUUGCCUAUUUGAAACGCCCCCUCUAAACGCAGACGAGCUAGACAAGUGUGUUUGCAUGCACAAAAUAUACGAGACAGCACUUAGAACAGCUAUAAAACGCAUAGAUCGUCGUGAACAUGUAUUCGCCUUAAGUACAGUACAUGGUCAAGAGCAUUAUUGUUCAUUCCAAUCAAGAGAGCAACUACAUCGUUUUGAAAUAGCUUUUUAUGGGUGUUUGUACAAAUCAGUGAAUACUAUGCAGACACGAACAUUUGCCUGUAGUUACGAUGGACGACCGGCAGGUUUAGUUAUCGACACCCGACUCGGAUUUUCUCUUUAUGACAUUUCCUCAAAGAGUUAUAUAUGGCAAUAUGGCUUUUCUGAGUUGGAAUCCUCCUCAGACGAUGGAAAAAUGAGGGUCCAAUUUAUUUUUAGAAAUGAUGCGGUUGCUCAAGCUAUUGAUGUUAGACAGUUGGAUGUUAAAGAUAUAGAAUGUGAUGAACCUUUAGCUUUAGUCUUCACAUUACACUCAUUUUAUAUUGCAAAGAUUAUGGGAGCUGAUCCAGAAUUUUUGCAGGAUUUGCCUCUCUCAUGAGACAAAAAAUUUUCUAAAAAUAUUUUCAACAAUUUUUCGGACUGGCAGAUUGCUGAAAACGAUAAUUUUAAACGUUUGAUAUUGUCAAAAAAUUUUGGAUUUUUGAGAAGCCCCCGACCUACAGCUAUCGGAGCACCUUAGUUCAGUCGACCUCAGCUCAGUCUGGACCCUAUAACUCAUCAAGAAAGUGUCACUUUUUCAUGUUCCUGGUAUCAUUCGAUAGAGAAUCAAAACCUCUACAAAAUACCAAAAAAUCAAAAUUUUUGACUGAUUGAUAAAAAAGUUGUGAUGCAAAAACCAACACUUUUUCAAAAAAAUUUGAUUUUUUGGCACUUUAUCGAUCAUAACUUUUUUAUCAAUGGGUCAAAACUUCUGAUUUUUGUUAUGUUGUAGAAUGUUUAGUGCUCUAUCCAAUGGUACCAAGAAUAUUAAAAAGUGGCCUUCCCUUCUUGAGAUAUGGGUGUUGGAUUCUGCUGAAAUCGUUAGUCAGUGAGGGUAUACCAAAAUCCC